CAAGCGAAAGUCUUAUAUCAGAUAGAAUUGAAACAGGAAGUACUACCGAUAAUAUAUUAGACUUUGAUCUAGAGAUUAAUAACUUUUGUUUUGACGAAGACAGUUUUGAAAGAGCACAAAUCUUGGCAGAAGCAGAAGAAACUAAUGAUUUAAUUCUUUUAAAUAAUAUGGAUAACGAUGAUAUUGAUAUAUAUGGCAAUGAUAUAUUAACUUUGUCAGAGUUUGAUUCAGUGUCAUCAAUGUCUGGUUCAAAUGAAAAUGAAUAUUUAAUUGAAGAUCUAAUAUUAAAAAAAAGUAAUAAAAUAUUAACACCAUGCCCAAUAAUAGAUAUUAAUGAUGGCCGUAUUCAAUGUUGCUUAGCUUACUCACCAAAACAAAGAUGUCUUGCCCAACUUGUUGGUUCUUGGGAAAUUGAUGAAAUGAUUUUUCACCUGGCACAAAGGAAUGUUAACUUGGUAAAGAUUAUUGAACCAAAAUGUACCAUUAAUGAUAAAACAGCUACAGAUUUAGGAAGAGCUCUAGGUGCCGCAACAUGGA